AUGUUGCCUGCCAAUCCUCGUGCUGGCGGCCUACCCUCCAACCCUCGCUCCAAUGGCCCUGGAGGCCGACGAUACGGAAGAGAACGAACUAGUCGAGACGAGGACCCUCCUGCAACGUCUGCACGUCCUUCACGCUCCUUUAGACCCACAACGCCUUCAGCUCGUGGUGAAGCAUCGCGCAGAUCUAAUGACUCUUCUGGGUCUUCUUCCUCUGUGACAUCAUCUGGCUCUUCUUUCCUCGGUCGCAUACAAAAUGAGACCUCCGGUUAUGCAUCAUCGGUCACAACUGCUGAAUGUGAUUAUGAGGACGAAAAUCGUAAAGUGAAUGGUCGGGAACGCGUUCAGGAGGACGGAUCUGCCCAGACUGCAGGAGAAGGCUACGGACAGACAAUAUGGAGUCGUGUGGCUACUGCGGCCAGCUCUUUGACAGUGAACGUUAGCAAAGCGUGGGCUACUAACAUCGCUACUUAUGCCGGAGAGGAAACACCUCCUGGUCAGGAAUCGCGUUUAACCAGGGCAAUGAAGGCUUAUCACGUCGAAAAAGCUCGUGAUCCAGCAGACCUACCAACGUGGUUGUUUGAUGAGCAUGAGCGUAGGGUUCGGAAACCAGACGCGGAACCACCUUCCUCAGCCCCGCGAGGAUUGCGAGAUGUCUACGAUGCAGCGACCACGCCAGGUCCUACUCAUCCAGCACCCCGCAAAGGCACUGAUCGGCUGAAGGCAUUGCGAGAGGGGAAGAGAGCAGAGCAGAUUGAACGACUACCUGAGGCUCGUAAAGCUCGGGUGGGACUCCCAGGGGGACCAGCACGGAACAGACGAGUGUGA